AUUAUUACAAAAAGACAAGAUAUAGUAGCAAACUGACCACCGAUUUCACGUUGAGUCUAUGUUGAUAUAUGAUUCAAAAUUGGCUGUGAUUCUCUUUUAACUUUUUACGUCAAAAUAUUAUUGUCUCAACGUAAACGAACGUACAACCAAAUUAUAAUACUACAUUUUUAUAAGUAAGUUAAAAUGAUGACGAGAAACGACAAGUUCCUACAAGCCUAUAAAUUCUGAGGUGAAAAGGAGUUAACAUUCAUCAACUAAACAGUUAAAUUACGUGAGCAACCAAAAUCCGACAAAAAUGGAAAUGAUUUUGAUGAUUUGUUUGUGCUUGACUGCCCUCUCAACCUUUUUAUUUGUUAAACCAAUCCUUAAACGAACCGCCACUAAAGUGAACUUACCACCAUCUCCAUGGAGACUUCCCGUGAUAGGAAACCUCCAUCAGGUUGGCCUCCACCCUCACCGUUCCCUCAGGUCCCUCAGCUUCCGGUAUGGACCCCUCAUGCUCCUUCAUUUUGGCCGUGUCCGGGUACUUGUAGUCUCUUCUGGUGAAGUAGCUCACGGGGUUCUAAAAACACACGAUCUUAAGUUUGCCAACCGCCCAAGAUCAAAAGCCGUUCAGAGGAUUAUGAAUGGUGGGCGUGAUGUAGUGUUUGCUCCCUAUGGAGAGUACUGGAGACAGAUGAAGAGUGUCUGCAUUUUAAAUCUACUCACCAACAAAAUGGUUGGUUCCUUUGAGAAAGUAAGAGAAGAAGAGGUAAAUGCAAUGAUGGAGAAGCUGGUGAAAGCAAGUCGGUCUUCUUCAUCAGCAAAUCUGAGCGAACUCUUCAUUACUCUACCAAGUGAUGUUACAAGUAGAGUUGCCCUUGGAAGGAAACAUAGUGAGGACGAAACCGCUAGUGAUCUCAAGAAUCGAGUGAGGCAGAUCAUGGAGCUCUUAGGAGAGUUUCCGAUAGGGGAUUAUGUGCCAUCCUUGGCAUGGUUAGAUAGAAUCCGUGGCUUCAGUGAUAAAGUAGAGGAAGUGAGUUGCGGGUUUAGCGAUCUUAUGGACAAAGUUGUGCAAGAACAUCUAGAGGCGGGCAAAAAGAAAGUGGAUUUUGUAGAUAUAUUGUUAGCGAUCGAAGGAGAGAAGAGUAGUGGAUUCCAGGAUCAAAGAAACGACAUAAAAUUUAUGAUCCUGGAUAUGUUUAUAGGAGGAACGUCAACAACUUCUACUCUAUUAGAGUGGACCAUGACAGAACUUAUUAGGCAUCCCGAGUGUAUGAAGAUACUCCAAGACGAGAUUCGGUCAAGUUCUAUACCGAAUAAUUCAUACAUAAAAGAAGAACAAGUUGAGAAGAUGAAAUACUUAAAAGCCGUGAUUAAAGAGGUGCUCAGGUUGCAUCCUUCUCUUCCACUGAUACUUCCUAGAGUAUUGAGUGAAGAUGUCAAGUUACUGGGAUAUGACAUAGCCGCAGGGACAGAGGUGAUAAUUAAUGCUUGGGCAAUCCAAAGAGACACUGCGAUAUGGGGACUGGAAGCAGAAGAAUUUAAACCCGAGAGACACUUAGAUUCACCUAUUGAUUAUCGUGGAAAAUAUUUAAACUACAUUCCAUUCGGAUCAGGGAGAAGGAUUUGUCCCGGGAUAGGAUUCGCUUUGGGUUUGGCAGAAGUGGCAGUGGCCAAUCUUGUAGGCCGAUUUGACUGGAGGGUAGAGGUUCGACCAAAGGGAGAUCAAUCUGAUAUAGCUGAAGCCGUUGGUAUUGAUGUUUGCCGCAAGUUCCCUUUGAUUGCAUUUCCAUCUUCGGUGGUGUAA